UGGGUUGAUUGUCCAAUGGCUCCUAAUGUUUCAGGGGAGUAUGGUCCCCGUUACAAGCCAUGGUUCUGCCUGACACCGUCCUACUGGUGUGGACAGAGGAAGAGCACAGAGUUGACCAGUCUCGUGGAUGCAGAAGGUAAUGAUGGACCCCGGAGCAGUGAACAAACAGACGACAUAGUGGAGCCAGUGUCUCCAGAUCUGGCAAACAAAGCUGGCAUUCGAAUAUCUAAUAUUUCUAAAGUGUACAAAGACAAAGAUGCCACCGUCACAGCUGUUGAUGGAUUAACACUGGAUAUGUACGAAGGCCAAAUUACAUCACUACUUGGUCACAACGGAGCUGGGAAGACAACUCUAAUUAACAUGCUCUGCGGAUUAUCUCCUCCAACUUCAGGGACAGCAACAAUAAAUAACAUGGACGUGUCUCAUAGUGGAGAUAUGGAGAGAAUUCGAUCAGUGACCGGGGUCUGUCCUCAGCAUGAUAUCCUGUAUGAUGAACUGUCCUGUCGUGAACACCUCGACAUCUUCGCUGGCAUCAAGGGAGUGGGAAAAGAGGAGAGGGAUGAUGUUGUUGAAAAGAUUAUGAAGGCUGUGGACAUUAUCGAUCAGGCUGAUGUGUUUGCUAAAAACCUGAGUGGAGGACAGAAGAGAAAGCUGUCUGUUGCAAUUGCCCUAAUUGGAGAUCCAAAGAUGCUUAUACUCGAUGAGCCAACAGCAGGAAUGGAUCCAUACUCUAGACGCCACCUGUGGUCUCUCCUGAAGAGCCGCAAAGAGGGGAAGAUAAUUCUGUUGACAACACAUUUCAUGGAUGAAGCUGAUAUACUAGCAGAUCGCAAAGCCAUUAUUAACCAUGGCAAACUGAAAUGUUGUGGAUCAUCACUGUUUCUGAAACAGAGAUUUGGAAUUGGAUACCACCUGAACAUGGUGGUGGAACCUGAAUGCAAUGCUGACAGGGUGACGGACUUGCUGAGACAGCACGUGUCUGGGAUUGAAAUGAAGAGGUCGCAUGGUAAAGAGCUUGCCUUCACCAUGCCUGUGGCAGAAGUCAGCAGGUUUCCAGGCAUGUUCACUGAACUUGAGGCCUCUGUUGGUGCUGGGAAAACUCAGGCACAGUCGCUAGGAAUCGUAAGUUACGGAGUCUUCAUGACAUCGCUGGAGGAAGUGUUUUUGAAAAUAGGGUCAGAGAACAAAGAGAUCAAAGAGAAUGAAGAAAACGAAACUGCCGAACCAUUGCCCCAAAACGAGCAACACAGUAUACCCAUGCCCACUUCAAACGAAAAAGUCAACCUUACAUCUCAGCGAUUCUGGACACUGAUGAAGAUCAGAUUCAAGAUAAAGAUUCGGAACACGACUGCUUUGAUCUUCCAGAUUCUGAUUCCCAUUGUGCUUGUCAUCAUUGGCUGUGUUCUCAGCCUGCAAGGCACAUCCGAGGACACAUCAUUUACAAAACCAGUGACAAUGAAACCUUUCUACGUUGGGCCAAAUAAACCACCUUUCCUUGCUGUUGAUACAGCAGCCACAACAGCUUCAGGAACAUUUAUCAGUGGACUUGGGACGACUGUUGAGAAGGUCCCUGCAAGUACAGAUAUUGCCACUCUAGCAGCACACUGGGUGGGCUUUAACUAUACGGUCUUGACAGGUCAGGAAUUAACAUACACUGCAAUGUACAAUGACUCGGCUAUUCAUUCACUACCAGCCGUGAUCAACGUGAUUUCGAAUGGAUUUCUUACAUCCGCUAACAAUAUAGAGGCAUCCAGUCUGAUGUGGCCAUCUGUUGUGCAGUCUGGGGUGCCAAAACUUUCCUACAAUUCCAAUGCCUUCUCGGCAGCAUUCGUUCUUGCCGUGGCAUUUGUUGUUGUACCAGCAGGAUUUGCCGUUGAGGUUGUUGCUGAUCGCCAGAUCAAAGCAAACAGCCAACUACGAGUUUCAGGAAUUACAUUCAUGAUGUACUGGGGCACCCUGUUUCUCUUCCAUCUUGCCAUCUAUCUCAUUCCGGCAGUCAUUAGCAUUAUAAUUGUUCUUGCUGCUCAGAUUCCAUCGUUCACUACUGCAGGAGCCAUGCUUUCCCUGGUGAUGCUUUUCGUGUCAUACAUCCCGGCUAAUCUCAUACUUUCCUACGUUUUCGCAUACGCCUUUGAAACAUUUGAAACCUGCCAAGCGGUCCUGCCCAAUGUUUUCAUCUUUGCAGGGAUUAUUCCCUACAUAGCGAUAUCACUGAUGGAUAUGUUGGGUAAAUCCGAUGUAGCAGAGAUGGUUCAUUAUGCGAUGUGCAUCAUUGAUCCACCUUAUAUCAUCUUUGGUGGAAUUUACUAUAUCGACAGGAUCUCACGUGUGGCAGAUAUUCUACAAAAGCCAGUAACGUUUGACAUGUACUUUGAGUGGGACAACAAUAUUAUCUACCCAAUUAUUGUGGCUCUGAUACAUAUUGGAGUAAUGAUGCUGCUACUGAAAGUUGUUGAUCUGUACAGUAGCGGCGGUAGUCUUAUCCAAGCUAUAAAAUGUUGCAUAUCGAAAGUGCAGGACAUUCCCGAAGAGAACAGUGAUAUCCCAGAGGAUGAGGAUGAUGAUGUGGAAGAUGAACGACAUCGUGUCAACAAACUUAAUUGUUUUGAAGAUAGAGACAUGAUGCCAGUGGCGUAUGUGAGAAAUUUGAGAAAAGAAUUCAAGAAACGUACAACAAAACACCGUACGAAGGAAAACUGUGUGAAGGUGGCUGUGCGGAAUGCAACUUUCGCUGUGGACAAAGACGAAGUUUUUGGUUUGCUUGGACCCAAUGGUGCUGGGAAAACAACCACCUUGAAUAUGAUCAUUGCAGAGACUUCAGCUACUAAAGGAAAGAUCAUUGUAGCAGGUCACAAUGUCCACUCCAGUACCUCAGAAGCAUUCCAGGCUAUUGGCUAUUGUCCACAACAUGAUGCAUUGUGGCCGAGUAUCACACUGAAGGAACAUUUGGCAUGCUACGCAGCCAUCAAGGGAAUACCACGAGGAGAUAUUGACUCACUUGUCAACUACUUCGUGGACAAUUUAAAAGUUACAGAGCAUGCAGACAAAAGAGCUGAUAAAAUGUCUGGUGGGACACGACGAAAGGUGAGCUAUGCAAUCAGUAUGCUGGGCAAACCAAAGAUUGUUUUGCUGGAUGAACCAUCUACUGGCAUGGAUCCACAGUCCAAGAGAUUUCUCUGGGACACAAUCAGCUCUAGCUUCAAGUCGAGUGGGCGAGGAGCCAUUUUGACAACACACUACAUGGAAGAGGCUGAUGCUUUGUGCUCCAGGGUGGCCAUCAUGGUUAAUGGUCAGCUACAAUGCCUUGGACCAACUCAGCAUCUGAAGGACAAGUUUGGCAGUGGCUAUCUCCUGGAGAUCAAACUACACAGUAGACGAGACGACAUUGAAAGGAAUAUGGACAAACUUGAAGCUCACCUAGCUCGUCUGUUCUCACAGAUAGAUUGCCUGGAGCGGUUUGCCGAGCGUGGUUGGUACAGGAUUCCCAAAAGUAAAAAGAUGCUCUCAGAGGCGUUUUCAGCACUGGAGGACAUGAAGAGUUCACACAAUGUAGAAGAAUACAGCUUUAGUCAGUCUACCUUGGAACAGGUGUUUUUGGACUUCGCCAAACAGCAGCAUGAUGACGACAUCGGCCAUCCUUUUCAGAGAGACUCAGUGCGUCGGUCCAUAACAAAAGAUGGUGUGAAACCCAGCGGCGGUCCUGAUACAAGGAACAAGAUGAAAUCCAGUUCGAAUCCUGAACCAGAGCACAAAAACAAAACCCGAUUCAGUUCAGAGUCAAAGGACAAAGGGAAGAGGAGUCCAAGUCCUGGAUCAAAUUAUGAGAAGAAAAUCACUUAUUUGUAAUAAUUAAUACUUUUGUUGAAACUGUACAUUACUAAGUUGGUUUUCUCCGUAGAAAACUAGUGUGUAUCUAGACAUUUGUACAUUCUGCUAUAUGAGAAAACAAGUGUAACCCAGAACCAUAGUUACUUUUUAUUUAUAUCACAGAACAGAUAUUUGCAUAUCUAGAAACACUUAAAGGAUAAAGACCUUUUUUAUUAUGCUUAUUUAUGGACUGAGUGGUUACUAACGGAGUGCAAAAUAAAUUAUUUUGUGUAACAGAAGUGUUGAAAUGUCAAUGUUGAUCAAAUGUCAUAUCAAGCAUACCGUUUUAUAUAGGACACCAUGUAUUAUGAAAAAGCAUAGCAAUUAUGGAUAUAUACAAAUCCAGGAAAAUACAACAAAGAUUUAUAAGUUUUACUACUGAAAAGGACCUUUUAGUUUCACAAGAGAAGCUAUGUUUAUGAUUUUAAAGGUAGUAUAAUCAAAUAAAGAAAAUUGUGAUAAAUAUUAUACAUGUUUAAACAAUGUUGAAACAAAAUACAUUCCAAUGUGAUUUAAUGAAGUUCGUGAGAUAAAACGGUUAGGAAUCUGAACUGUUAUUUCCUGAAGCAGGUUUCCUGAAUAAUGCAGGCUUAUAUUUGGGCUCAUUAUCCUCACAUACAGCACCACAAUUAAUCAUUGAACAUGUUAAAUAGCGGAAUGUUGUUACACUCAAGACAUGUUUCAAGUUCAAUUUCUUGUGAUAAGAUUUGGUAAAACUUUUGUUUGUAAACAAAACCAAUCGAAAAGUUGUAUUGUCAAGCUGCAUGUAUCUAACUAACACUAAAUAUGUUCACCCGCACAUAAACAACAAUGAAAUAUCAGUUCUGUUACACUUAAUUAUAUCCUAAACAGAUCACGAAUCAAGGGAAUGUAACAAAAAUAGAAGUCAUUUUCUUCUGGUUGAAUCCGUAAAACCAGGCGUUUCCUGUGCAAGUAAUUAACAAACUCAUAACCAAGAUCAAGCGACUCUUCGAAAUAAUACAGCAAAAAUUAACAUUAAAGCUAUAAUACCUUUUGCUACCACACUUUACCCCAACAAUACCGAAUUAUUUCAAAAGGCAUACACAGUUUCGAUAUAUUGCAACUAAGCGAUACUAUAAUGAAAUCCUAACUAAUAUUACAAUAAUUAAAAGUAAACGACAACCGCGGCAAAAUUAAAGAAAAUACUAAAAAAAAGGCGAAAUAAUCAGAUCAAGACACAGCCCCAGAGUUAAAAAAUGUAAUGACCCACGGUCUGGUACUUGUGAACACUUGCUUGAAGGUUCAAUAUGUAAUAUAAAUUCAAACGAAUUUACUGCAAAGAGCAAUAUGACUUGUUCAUCAACAGAUAUAAUUUGUUUUUAACUGUACAAACUCUGAUGAAUUUUAUAGCGGACUGUCAGUUCAUCUCCAACAAAGAGUAACUGUUCAUAGACAACACAUUGUUCAUGCUGAACACAGACACCUGCAUGUUUCAAAACAUAUUGCUUCUUGUGCUACUUAGAAUGUUAAGAUAUGUCCCAAUAUACAAGUAUCUGCCAAUCAAGAACAAACUGUUAAUCUACUUUUGGACUUACAAAAUGCAUUUCAUUAAGCUACAUUGAAUCGAGAUUUAGCAUAGACAAUUGCGUACGUCUCACCUAUUAGUUAAAUUGUUUGUUGAUAUAUGUAUGUUUCCUAUGUUAUAUGAAAGGUAGUGAACUCGGGAUCCUAACCGUGACAUAACCGUAACCGUAACACAUAACCGUAACACAUUUCUGUUCAAUAAACUAUUUUAAAAAAAUACAAUUUCACCACUUUUAUAUUGUAUAUGGUAAAUGCAUGUAUGCAUGCUUAUAUCAUGCAACUAUAGGUCGUGAGCUCAUACCGUGGUGUCAGUUUGUUGAUGCCAACUACCAAAAGCAGUUUGGGAAGAAGUAAAUUAAAGUUUGUUUUUGUUUAACGACACCACUAGAGCACAUUGAUGUAUUAAUUAUCGACUAUUGGAUGUUAAACAUUUGGUCAUUUUGACAUAUAGUGUUGGACAGGAAACUGACUACAUUUUGACAUUAGUAGCAAGGGAUCUUUCAUAUGCACCAUCCCAUAGACAAGAUAGUACAUACCACAGCCUUUGAUAUACCAGUCGUGGUGCACUGGCUGAAACGAGAAAUAGCCCAAAGGGCCCACCGACUGGGAUCGAUCCCAAACCGACCGCGCAUCAAGCGAAUGCUUUAUCACUGGGCUACGUCGUGGCCCUCAGUUUGUGAAGAAGAAGACCAACGAGCUUGUCAAAUAUGACCCAUAAAUGUCCCAGAUUUAUAGGUAGACUGCACACCACUUGAGCAGCUGUUUCGUCAUACUUCUGUAUUAUGAGGGUUGAUCUUACAUUUAUCAUAAAUCUAAUAGCCCACGGGCUUGGCCCUAUUCAUCUGGAAUAUGCCGCGCCUGGCCGCUUGUUAAAAUAAUAUUCAUUUAAAUUUUCUCCGAAAUUUUAAACUUUUUAAAUAUAUGUAUUUAAAUUGUAUAACAUAAAUGUUUUUAAUUUUGUAAUAAAAAUAUACAUUAUUUUUA